CAAAGCGUAUGUUUUUUAAUGCAUAUUAACCAGCAUUCAUCAUCACACUGGAAGGAUACAUAACCUCUACUCAUGCCUGGUGAAAAUCCUACUCAGAUAACAGCCCCUGUUAUUUCAAUUCAGAGUGAUUGGGAUGACGUAAUUAGAAGACCAAACACAGAGGUCUGGGUUGCGUGCAAAUUUCGAGGUCAGCCCAGCUCACAGGGGAAGAUAUACAGCCAAGGUCUUUCCAGUGAGGGUAUUCCUCGUGUCACGACAACAGAUGGCUUUUCAGUUCAUGGAAUUUCGCGAAACACAAUCCAAGUGAACCAUGAGUCUGGGAAUAUUUGCAUAUUUGUUGCACCUUUUAGUACUUUUACUGGAAUACAUUCAAAAAGUGUAAAAUCACUGGAUGCUACAUCUGGGGACUUGUGUGUGUCAGUAUGCACUGAAAAUAAACUUCAAAUCUGGGAUACUAGACAAGGUCUUUUGAGACGGACCUUGGAGGGCCAUCUAGGUGAUGUAUACAAGUGUCGCUUCUUCCCCUCUGGAUUAGUGGUGCUGUCUGGCAGUGCAGACAUGCAGCUCAAAAUCUGGUCAGCUGAAACUGGGCAAUGCCCUGUCACACUGCGAGGCCAUACAGCGGCUGUAACUGACAUGUGCAUAGUUGACAAAGGUCGUAACAUUAUUUCAGUUUCCAAAGAUGGUACAGCGAAGCUGUGGAGCUGUGGUGAGGCCUCUUGCCUAGCAACUCUUGUGGAGCUGGGUACAACAAUCAACAGCUGUUGUUUGGGUGUGGCUAACAAUAAAAUGCAACUUGCAGCACCAGAGGAGAAUCCAAGUGAACAUGAAGUGGGUACAGAAAAUAAGAUCUUGCUUCUGGGUUGUGAGGAUGGUACAGUGCACUGUUUGGCAGUGCGGGGUCGACAGAAUCUGUUUUCAAAGUCACAUUCUUCUGCAGUAAAUUGCGUUACAAUAUUGUCAGUUGAUAAUUUUGUCAUUGGAUGUCAAGAUGGUCAAAUCCUUCUUUAUGAUUUUGAGAAACCCACUGAGCCAGUAUACUGUUGGUAUGAAUCCAACAGUGCAGCCCUUUGUCUUCUGCCAUUUAAAGAAGCUGGAUUCUUUAUUGGGAAGGCUGAUGGUAGCUGUGUCUAUCACCAGCUUCCAGCCAGAAACAGCCAUGAAAGGUGUCAUAAUGUGAGAGUACAGCUGACAGGACCUGACUGUGAUCCUGUUUAUGAUAUUUCCUUUGAUGGAACUUAUGUCUAUACAUCUUGCAGGGAUGCUGCUGUAAGGAAAUAUGAUAUGUUGAAGACUGUAUCAAGUCUUGGCUCUGUAGAUUAAAACAAAUGAAAAGGAGACAGAAUUUUAUUGUCAUUUUGGAUUUUGAAUGAGUUACAGUUCUCAUGUUUCAUAUUACAGCUGUGAAUACUCUUAGGAAUAUUGUAUCCUAGAAAUAAAUUUAUCCUUUGGUAUAGUAAGGUUGACAUCUGAAUAAACUACUGUUGCAAAAUGCACCUUUCAUGCUGUUUCCUUAAAGAAAACAAUAACAAGUAUUAUUGAAACCAUGGUAUAACACAUAUUAAGUAAUCAGUUUUCCCAUGAAUAUGGAAUUAAAGGACCCAUUGAAGAGACAAAAAGAGAAGAUAUUCUUUGUAUUACUGGCUAUGGUGUGAAUUUCAUUACUAAAUCUUGGGGUCGAAAUUGGAGAAAGUAACAAACAUGAAGUUUUGAACAGCCUAACUACUUAAAAGAAAAUCCCUGUAUAAGGUUCCUAGCGGGAACAGAACACUAGAACUGUUGAAACUUAGUUUGAGAAAAUUUACACUAUCAUAAUUGUACUGAGACCAUGCAAGCUGAACUUAAAGGGAAACCAUAUAUCAAGGACUAAUGCAGAGGGAUUUGAUUUCAUUAAUUUAGGUUGGUAAGGCAUUGUGUCCCAAUAAUACUAAAAGCAUUUUUUUUGUAAGAGGUUGUAAUACAGUUCUGUAUAUUACCUCUCAAAAAUGUUUUCAUUCUCACCAGUUCACUGGAUAUAGCAAUUUUUGAGUAAAUCAACAUAAACAGUUCCUCAGUUUAUUUUUCCAGUUUUAUGCUUCCUUCCUGCUGUAUUUAUUUCUUCUCAGUUUCUACCUAAUCAUUACUACAGAGUCUGACAACAGGGAGAUCUUUGGAUCUCUUAUAGAUAAUGGGUCAGUAAUGUGUGGCUGAUAUGUGUGCUAAACAUUGGCAGAUUAUUCAUUGAUUUUUAUGUGCACUAUCUCUGAUUCUGCCAGGAUUUGAGUCAUGUAUGUUCCCAUCGUGCUGACCUGCUUAGUGAAUUUUAGUUGUGGUUAAGAUGUCAGUAAUGGGAAUGUACUCUAACUAUGAAUAUCAUAAAAUAAUUAUAACUGUAUUAUAAGAAGAAAGUAACACACUAAAGUGUCCAUAAAUUUAAAUUUGUUAUUCAAUCCACCAAAAGUAAGCUGUUAUGCCAAACUUUAUAUGCAGCAUAUCUGCCAAGUGCAGAUUUCAAGCAUCUGUGGUUUUCUAUCUGUAUCCAGACUUGGCAGCCAUGGAAUAUGGUUUUAUAUAUCCACAGUUUUUAAUUUGUGCAUGCACAGAAAAGUACAUGGUGCAGGAGGGGGAUGAGCAGAGCCAUGGUGUACAAGGACUGACAAUAAUGUUCACGAACUUACCAUGUGAUUGCCAUGGCAGCAGUGGGCAGAAACCUCAGUAUGGUUUGAUGAUGUUGGCAUAUCAACAUUUCACAGCUGUGUUGUUGAUUUAUGGCAGUCUCUUUUUGAGUAGCAUCUAUUACUGUCUGAAUGUAAUUUGCUGUGCUGUCGCGAGGAUGCCAGAACAAACAUUAAAUUUAUUGUAAAACUUGGCAAGAGUGGAAGUGAAAUCAGGGAUGUUACAAGUUUACAGGGAUAAUGCUAUGAAGAAAAGAGCACUUUACAAGUGGGUGACAUAUUCUUCUGAGGUAAAAGAAAGUGUCAGUGACAGGGAGAUCUGGAUGGCCAGUAAUGAGAACUGAAGAAACAGAGAAAGUUCGUCAAAUUGUGCAUGAAAAUCAUCAGCUGACUGUCAGAAGCAUAGCAAAGCAAGCGAACACUGACAGAGAAACAAUUAGGAAAAUCUUAACUGAAGAUCUUGACAUGAGGAAGGUAUGUGCAAAAAUGGUCCCAAAGGACCUGCUCACACGACACUGUCUGUGAGGGAGUUUUCUGCUAGAACACCCUCCCUAUCCACUAGAUCUAGCCCCCAAUGACUUUUCUGUUCCAAAGUGAAAGGAAAUAUCGAAAGGAAGGCAUUUUGAUGACAUUGACGACAUCAGGAAUAAUAAGUUGUAUGACAGCAGCUCUGAAGGCCAUUCCACAUAACCAGUUCCAAAAUUGUGUUGAAGGGUGGACUAGGUGCUGGCAACUGUGCAUAGCUUCCCAAGCAAUGUGGUAUGGAGCGCUUUCACCACGAUGAGUUUGCGAACUUUAUUGUCAGACCACGUGUAUCAGCUGCAAUGCAGUGAAUGCCCAAUUAAAUAUAUUGGACAAACAGGACACACAUUCAAAGUCUGUUACAGAGAACACAUAAAUGCCAUUAAGGCCAACAGACAAAACUCCAAAUUCACACAACACAUUCUAGAAACAGGACACAAAUACGAUACACUAGACCAGACUGUGGAAAUAUUACACAUAGAAAAGAAAGGGCCCAAAUGCAACACAUAUAAAAAUUUCAUGUAUAUAACAUAAUCAAGAAGGGUCUACAAAUGAAUGAUAUAUAUAUAUAUAACCCCACCCCUCCUCACCACCGCCCACAGUACUACCAUCCCCCAAUACUACUUGAUCAUACACUGUGUGUGUGUGUGUAUACUCGUAUAAUUCUGUAUUUCUGUAUUUGCACAAUAUAUAUACUGUAUAGAUAGGUAUCCUUUAAGAAGCAGUGCAGACAGGACCACUGCAGCUCUUCCUGUACAGCAGUGUUACAACCAUGAAAAAAAAAACUCAUCCUACAGAUGGGGUCUGAUAAAAUGAUACAUGCCUAUGAUAAACCCUUCAUGAUCAGAUUCUCUGAUAGAAGUGAAUGGAAAAAGGGGUUUCAACCUGACAAAAAGGGGGCCUAAUCUGGUAUACAGAUGAUUCCAAGACAAAAAAAAAAAGGCACAAGCUGGAGUGUAUUGCCAUGGAUCAAGGUGGAAACUUAGCUUUAGCCUUGGGCAGUACACAUCAGUAUUCCAGGCAGAAGUGUAUGCCAUUAAGGCAUGCGCAGUUGAGAAUCUAUGUAGAAACUAUAAAAAUAGGAAUAUCUAUACUACAUAAGAUAGUCAAGCUGCAAUGAAAGCACUUGGCAAACACCAGAUCACCUCAAAACUGGUCUCGGACUGCCACCAGUCCCUCACACAACUGGCCGAACAUAAGAGAGUUCAACUGAUAUGGGUGCCACGUCAUGAGGGUAUUGUGGGUAAUGAAAUGACAGAUCAUCAUCCGUUCACAGGACCUGAACCAGCUUGCGGCAUCUCAAUUGGAGUUGCCAAGAAAACGGUUAGGGACUGGAUGAACAGAUCUCACAAAAACCACUGGGACGCCAUAAUUUGACUAAGACAAAGGGAUUUAUACUAGGGCCCUCAGCCAGAAGAACGAAGGAUCUGUUGAAGCUAAACAGAGACCAGUUAAGAUGGGUGAUAGGACUAUUUACAGGACACUGUCACCUUAAAGGACACAUUUUCAAACUGGGACUGACAGUUGAUCCAACUUGUGAAAGGUGCCUAGAAGAAUAUGAAUCAGCCAUACAUAUCCUAUGUGAUUGUGAGACCACAGCUUAUUAAAGGUUUUGUCACCUGGGCCAGUACUUCUUGGAACCAAGUGACUAUUAUGAUGCCCUCAUAAAUAGGGUCCUACAUUUCAUCAGAAGUGUAGGAUUAAUAAAGGGUUACUCAAAGGGGAAGCACAAUAGAUUAUUGAAGGUCGCAAUGCAAGGGCCAAAUUACGUACUAUGGCCCACCCUUACACAUACAUACAUACAUACAUACAUAUAACCCAGAAGACCAUACUCUUCAUAAAGAAAAUUACUUAGCAAAACAACACUUGCACUUAAAAAAAGAAAAUAUUGUACACAGCAACAUAAGAUGUGCGCUUAAGACAACAAAACAUCAUACAUAACUACCUAAUAUUAUAUUUCAGCAUCCUGUUGCAUUGAGGUAUUAUUAAAUUAUAUGUACACCGUCAAUACUGUUGUUGUAUUGUUGCAUUAUUGACGGUGUACAUAUAAUUGAAUAAUAACUACCUAAUGUUUUUCCAUAUUAAGCUGUUGGAAGAAUAUACUGCUGCAAUGUUUUACCUACAAGCUAUGAAGAGUAAAUCAGGGUAUUUCUGCCAUCUUAUGUUUUUGUGCUAAAAACAAAAAGCUAUCCAAUGAAAGUGGUCCAGUCUUCCUUCCCAAGGAACAGACCACGGCUUCAGGAAGUUUAGUUUCUUGAGGUCAAGGUUGAUAUUAUGUAAAUACUACAGCAGUUAUCAUAAUCACGAACUGGAGAUACCAAGGGUAAAUGUGUUUGGACAUAAUUUCUUUAAAGAAUACCAGUUUUCAUAUUACAUAACUACCUUCCUUUUUCAGUAUAAUAACUUCUGUAGUUCUCCUCAUGUGCCAUAACUUCAUGUCCUGCAAGAUUUUACAUAAUAAAAACAAUAAAUACUAUUGUAUCAUCUGCAUAAACCCUUAUUAAUAAUUUAUUAAAAAUAUAAAUCAGCGUUAUAUAUAUUAAAAAUAACUGACAGAACUUCAGAUAGUUGACAUGACUUACAGAGCCAUACCUAGGAUUGCUGUUAACAGGAAGUCAAUACAAGAUGAUAUCUGAGAAAAAUUAUUCAGUACUGAUUUCAAUUAAUUGUGUUACAUAAUUUUUUGGUAGCAUAAUAUUACUCUUAUUUAUCUGAAAGAAAUGAAAAAGCAGAACUUCUCCCAAUAUAGGAAACACUGGUAGAUCUUUCUGUUGGUUGUUACAAUGAAAGAAAUGUAGGAACAGCCAUGAAUUGCUGUUAUUACAAGUUAAGGCAAUUAUGUGUUUAAAACUGGAUUCUAUUAUUUAAAUUAUUUAACAAGUUUAAUUAAAAUUACAACUUACAUUGUAGUUUAUAUUUAAGUACAUAAAUGUAAAAUAUAAAUAAAGGCAGCAUGCAGUGUUUAUGACUGAAUUUAAUUACAUACUUAGCAAUUUAAAGAAAGCUCUAACCCAAUAAAACUAUAUAAUACUGACAUGGAAUUCCAUAUCAGCAUCCCUGUUCGUACCACAAUGCAUGUGGUUUGUUAGAUAUGGAGGGAUCACCAAUGGGUCCUCAUGUUGGAAGACCAUUAAUAUUAAAUUAACUUAUUCAGCGUGUGCCCACACACGCAUGCACACGCACAUACGCACACAAAAUAUAGAAUUCAAUUCUUACAACACAGUUGUAUUUAAAACUGGAGCAGGAACAUCCUGUUGCACUUUUUCACUUAGUGUUAAUCAGUUCUACACAGAAAGACAGAAGUUUCCUUACCCACAACUGUUAACCUGAUGAUCACUUUGGUUGAAACAUGUCAUAAAAAACCUUUAAAGUGACUAGCUUUUAAGAAGUUUUAUUAAAAUCGUUGCUUAUAAGACUGUAGAUCUAAUUAACACUAAGGAACAAAUGGUUUUGAUUUUGCAGACUGGUGGCUGGUUCUAA